AAUAAAAAAAUGCAAGAGAUCAGACAAAUACCAUCUUUUUUAUUAAAAUUAUAUGAAAUACUAGAAGUAAUUUAUAAUUUGUUAUUAUUGAGUCCAAACAAACAGCAAUAAGAUGGAAUAAAGAAGGGACAACAUUUCAGAUUUUGGAUUUAUCAUAAUUGACUGAGCAAAUAAUGCCUUAGUAUUUUAAACAUCGCAAUUAUUAGAGUUUUUUAAGGUAAUUAAUUAAUAAUAUAGAAUUAGAUAACUUAAUAUGUAUGGAUUUAAGAAGUUGAAAAAUAAAUUAGGGAAAAGUGAAUUCUAACAUUAAUAAUUCAAAAGAGGUCUAAAGUAUAUGAUUUUUAGUGAUUUAUUAUAGGAAUAAUUUAUUUAAGAUAAAGAGAAGGAAUUAAGAUGAUAUUAAACAAACUUUAGAAUCUUUAACUAAAGAAUUUGAAUAAGAAUCCUAUCUAAAUGAACAUGAAAAACUUCGUUAAUAACUUGUAGAAUUAUAGUCAAACUAAAGAAUAAUCUUAGAAGAAAUCAGACAUUAAAUGGAACGCAAUCGAAAUCUAUACAAAGAAACAUAAGAUAUAACUGAUGUAAAUUCUAUCAUUUAUGUUUUAGAGAAUAAAUACAGUUAAAAGUUAUCAAAUUAGAAAACUAAAUAAACUUAUAAUCAUUAUUUAAAAGUUACCUGAAGAUGCCUAAAUAAGUAAAAUGGCAUUGAUGAAAGAAAAAAUCCUAAGAAAAUUGGAAUUAAUUGAAGCUGAUAAUUUCUGUAUGAAAGAAAUGUCACUUGAAAAAUAAGAUUCUUUUAAUUACUAAGAACCUAAUUUAACUGGAGUUAAGAGUCCUGCAGGAUACUCACCUAAAACUAAAUGAAAUCUAU